AUGCCCUUUACUUUCUUCAAACCCAAGAUGCCUUCACUCAGCGCUCCAGCAGUCUCGUCACCUGUUCUUUACCCAUCCGUUACUUCUGAGUUUGAAGCUGCGAACCAGAAAUUUGCCGCGACGUUUACGCAGUCUCAUCUGCCUGGUCUACCUCGUCGAAAGGUGGCAGUGGUAGCAUGUAUGGACAGCAGAUUGGAUGUAGAAAAGGUACUCGGCUUAGAUAUUGGUGACGCGCACGUCAUCAGAAAUGCCGGCGGUCGCGCGGUAGAAGCGCUACGAUCAAUCCUGAUUUCUCAGCAAUUACUUGGAACGCGUGAGAUAAUCAUUAUGCACCAUACCGGCUGUGGCAUGCAGAGCUUCUCCGACACGGAUUUCCGAGCCAAGAUUCGGCACGAGAUGCAUGAAGAUGUGGACCAUAUGGCUUUUCUUCCCUUUUCUGAUUUGCGACAAAGUGUUAUUGAUGAUGUUGCCUUUCUGCGAAAGAGCCCGCUAAUUCUGGAUGUUCCUAUUACUGGGUACGUCUAUGAUGUCAAGACGGGCCGGAUUGAACAGGUUGAUGAGAGAGCAGAAUCUGAAUGUUCCAGCCCUUAA